AUGAAGCGUCUUCUAGUCUUGUUGUUGGUGACUGCUGUCUUCGCCGAGGAGAAGAAGAUAGAAGACAAGAAAGAAGAGAAGAAACAUGACAAGAGAGGAAUAGAAGACUUCGGUGGACACGAGUUCAGUGUUGGAGACUUGGGUGGUCAUGGUUUUGGAGGUCAUGGUUUUGGGGGACAUGACUUUGGGGGCCAUGACUUCGGGGGCCAUGACUUUGGGGGCCAUGACUUCAGCGACCAUCACCACCACGAGGUGAAGACCAUCACGAUAGAGAAGGAGGUGAAGGUGCCAUACCCGGUCCACGUGGAGAAGAAGGUACCUUACCCUGUCAAGGUGCACGUCGAGAGGCCGGUCCCCUACCCUGUGGAGAAACCUUACCCUGUGACUGUGGAGAAGAAAGUGCCUUACCCGGUCAAGGAGUACAUCCCUAAGCCAUACCCAGUCGAGAAGAAGAUUCCUUACCCCGUCAAGGUGCCAGUUGAAAAGCCAGUCCCCUAUCCUGUGGAGAAGCCUUACCCCGUCUACGUGGAGAAGAAGGUGCCCUACCCUGUAGAGAAACACAUCCCUUACCCGGUCAAGGUGCAUGUCCCCCGGCCUGUCCCCUAUCACGUUCCUGUUGUCAAACACGUGCCUUACCCCGUCGAGAAGAAAGUUCCUUAUCCCGUCAAGGUGCCAGUCGAGAAGCCAGUCCCCUACCCUGUGGAGAAGCCUUACCCCGUCUACGUAGAGAAGAAGGUUCCCUACCCGGUGGAGAAGGAGGUGCCGUAUCCAGUCAAGGUUCCGGUUCAUAUCCCAGUCCAUGUCCACGAGCAUCAUGAGCAUUUGGGACAUCACUUCGGAGGACAUAAUUUUGAAGGUCACCAGGAGGAACAUAAACAUCACUUCGGGGAAGAUCUCCAUAGUCAUGGGUUCUAAUUUUGUUAACCCAUUCUAUACAAAUUGAACAUAUUGAUAAGUCUAGUGAUUUAUUUGCCAGGAAAUAAAUCGUAUAGGCUACAGUUCUCUUUGUUGUACAUUAUACUUUUGUUACAUAGUUUGUAUCAUAAAUGUAAAUCACUGUACAAAUAAAC